AUGUCUUCAUUACGUAUCUUAAUUCUUUAUAUAAUUUUGAUAAUAAGAAUUAUUGAUAAUAAAAAUAUUUAUUUUACACAAUCAACUUAUGAUAUAUGGUGUCAAGAAAAUAUUCUAUCAAAUUCAUUAUUUCUUUAUCCUAAUCGAAUACGAGCAGGUAUUUAUCAUACAUCAAAUAUAAAAUCUGUCGUAUAUGAUCUUAUUGAUGAUAAUAAUAAUAAUCAUAAUGGUUUAUUUUAUGUUAAAACAAAACGAAUAGCAGAUUUUUAUUUUUUUAUUCUUAAUAUAACACGACCAUUCGAUAUUAAUCGAGAAUAUCAAGAUAUUUAUGUACUUCAUAUUCAAGCUAAUAUUAUUACUACGAAUGGAAAUUCGACUGAAGAAGCAAAAUCUAUUUUAUUAUCUUCAAUAAAUCUGACUAUAUAUGUACGUAAUUUGAAUGAUAAUCCUCCGGAAUUUUUAACAAAAAAUUUUACAAGACUUUUAUAUCUUUUUUAUCCAUUGAUAAAUACAAUUAUUUAUAAAAUCGAAUUUAUUGAUAAAGAUCCAUCAAAUUUAACUUUUGAAAUUAUAAAUGAUAUUUUUACAGCUUAUACUCUUCGUACAUAUUUGAAUUCAAUUGAACUUAUUCUUAUUAAAUCUAUUGUUCAUAAUCGUGAAGAUGAUUUAAUUAUUCGUGUUUGGGAUGAUAAAAUAUUUUUCUCAGAUUUAAAUCUUCGUGUAAUUUAUUAUCAAGAUAAUAUUGAAUUUCCAAGAAUUUUGUUACAAACAAUUGAUGGUUAUAUAAAUUUUGAAGAAAAUUUUCUUACAAUGAAUCUUGGUCAAUUAUUUACUGAAAAUCAUUCAAAAUAUCAAUUUAUUUAUUUUAAUUUAAUAUCGAAUAAAAAUUUUUAUCUAAAACAAUUAUCAAAUAAUCAAACUGAACUUUAUUAUAGAUCUUUUCGUCAAAUAUCUCCUAGUGAAUAUCAAAUUCAUUUAACGACUAUGGCUAUAAAAGAAUCAAUAUCUGAUACUAUUAUUCAUAACAAUAAUAAUACAAAAAUUUUUUUUCCAUCAACAGAAAAAUUGCAAAUAAUUAAUAUUCAUUUUUGGCCUAUUUAUCAUGAAAUGUUAGAACAAACAAUAUCAUUAAUAAUAAAUAUUAAUUCUAACACAACAUAUGAACAAUUUAUUAUUUAUAAUUUACCAACAAUACGUCAAACUUUAGCUCAAAUUAUUGAUGUAAAUAUACAUCAUGUUCAUAUUUAUACAUAUGAAUUAAAACAAAAUCAUAUUGAAUUACUAGUUGCUGUAUUACAUUCAACAUCGAAGCAUUAUAUAAAUAAAGAAAUUCUUUAUAAUAAAUUAAAAAAUUCGACAAAUAUUUUUGAAAAAAUUCUUUUUAAUCAAUGUCAAUCAAAUUCAUGUGAAAAUAAUGGUCAGUGCAAAAGUUAUAUAAGUUUAUUAUAUAAUCAAUAUGAAUAUAUUUACUAUAAUACAUAUCAACGUUUAAUACCAAAAUAUAAAUGGAAUAUAAAAUGUUCAUGUAGAAAUUAUUAUUAUGGAGAACGUUGUCAAUUUAAAUAUUCUAAACAAUCACCAUGUUCAUCAAAUCCUUGUUUACCAAUGGAAAAAUGUAUUGAAGAAAGUUCAACAUUAUAUUCAUGUCAAUGUAUAGAUGAAUUAUGUAAUUAUAAUAAUAUUCUUCGAAAAAAUUCAUUUGAAUGUAUUAAUAUCAAUUCACCAACAUGUCGAAAUUCAUCGAAUACAUUAACUUUCAAUGGUUAUAGUUUAAUACAAAUGAAUAUAACUAUGAAUAUGACACAACAAAUAAAAAUAACAUUAAGUUUUCGUACACAAUCAACUGAAGGUAAAUUAUUUAGCUUAAUUUAUUUCAAAGAAAAAAUCAUAAUAUCUCAUUCAAUAAUUCUACAAAUAAUUGAUGGUUAUAUUAAUAUGAAAUUCAAUGAAAAAAUUCUUUUACAAUUAAAUCAAACUUUAAUUAAUGAUGGUUUAUGGCAUGAUAUUUAUUUUUCAAUAGAUUAUAUUCAUAAUUAUUAUCUUCUUCGACUUGAUCAUAUUUUUAGUGAUAAAAUAAUUUUCUUACAACAAAAUUAUUUAAAUAAUCGUAAACAAUUAAUAAUUGGUACUGAUUAUAAAGGUUGUUUAAGUAAUCUAACAUUAAAUAAUCAAAUGAUAUUUCUUCAACAACAAAAACAUAAUAAUUUGAUUGAAUUUAUCGGUACAAAUAAUGGUUGUUUAUUAUCCGAAAUUAUUCAAGAAUAUUCAAAUACGAAUGAUUUUUGUUCAUUGUAUCAUCCAUGUUAUCAUGGUGGAAUAUGUAUAAAUCAUGGAUUAAGUUUUAUAUGUAAUUGUUUAAAACCACGUUUUACUGGUCGUCAAUGUCAAUUAGAUUUAUAUCCUUGUGAAAGUUAUCCAUGUCAAUAUCAUGAAAAAUGUAUACCAUUAUUAUCAAAUUCAAAUAAAUCUUUUACAUGCGUUGCAUCACAUUUUUCUUUACCGAUAUUAAUAAAAAGAUAUUUAUAUAUUGGAUUAAUUGUUAUAUUGUUUAUAUGUAUUUUAUUAAUAUUAAUUAUUUAUUAUUGUAAAAAACCAAAAGAAAAUUUUAUUAAAAAUAAACCACUAGUUUCAGCACCAUUACUUAUCCAUAAACGAUCAUCAAUAACAGAUCAUAUUGAAAGUCCAAGACAAACAUUACUUAAAUUAAAUUAUAAUGGAAAACAAACAAUUGAAACUAUGACAUUUGCAGACAAUAAUCAUAGAAAUUUGAUAAUGAAUUAUUUAAAUAAUAGAAAUAAUCAGCAAGCUUAUAAAUCGUUAAAUCGUCGUUCAAAUGAUUCAAAAUAUUAUUCAAGUAUUGAACAAACGACUAUUCCAUCAGAUGAUUAUCGUGUUCAUGAUAAUUCACCUGAUUAUGAUAACACAUAUAUUCUACCAGUAACAGAAUUAUUUGAUUUUUCAUUAUCACCGAAACAUAAUCAAAUAAAUUAUCAAAUUCGUUUAAAUUCUUUAUCCGAUUUAACAGAAAAUGAUCCUGAUUUAACUGAAUCAUCAAAUACAUCUUCUAAUAAUGAUCGAAUUCUAUUAACAUCUUCAAGAACAAAUCGAGAUCAUAAAUAUUCAGGUCUUAUUAAUCAUAAUAAUAUAUCUACAUCAAUAACAUCAUUACCAAAAGUACCUAUCUAUGCAAGAAUCGUCAAAACACCUAAAAUAACAAAUAUGGCUGUCAAUACUAUCGAAUGUAAUCGAUUAAGUAGUUCAUUAACUUCAGCUGCAACAUUGCCUCGAAAAAAAAUUGAACAUGAUAAUAUUGAAACAAGUAAAUCAACAACGAAAGAAAUAACAAUAAAUCGUUUAAGACAAUCCAGUGACUCAGAUGUUGAAAAUAAUAGAAAAAAAUCAAAUAAAUUAUCUUCUUUCUUUCAAACUGAUGUAUAA